AUCAUUCGGUUUGUUUUUGGUUCAGUUUUAAAAACAAGUCUGGACAAAAUGGUUGAAAACUGUGCCGUUGUUUUACAUGGUCCCUAUGACCUUAGAAUUGAAAAUCAUCCCGUGCCAACGAUUAAUGAUAAUGAGGUCUUAAUAAAAGUAGCUUGCGUGGGAAUAUGCGGAUCGGAUCUGAAGAUAUAUUCCACGGGGCGCUGCGGCCUGGAGGUGAUCACGGAGCCGCUGGUCAUGGGACAUGAAGGUGCUGGUGUUGUAGCGCAAGUAGGUGCAAACGUAACGACCCUGAAGCCAGGCGACCGCGUAGCCAUCGAGCCGACGCAACCGUGUAGAUCCUGCGAGUUUUGCCGCGCCGGUCGGUACAACCUGUGUGACAAGCCGCAGUAUUGCUCCACCAAUAGUGCACAUGGCAACUUGUGCACUUAUUACAAACAUGUAGCUGAUUUUUGUCAUAAAAUACCAGACAACGUUAGUAUGGAAGAAGCAGCGGCAGUGCAGCCGCUCGCCAUCGCGAUACACGCCUGCACUCGCGCGGGCGUCAAACUCGGUUCCAACAUCGUGAUAUUUGGAGCGGGCCCUAUUGGAGUUCUCUGUGCUAUGACCGCGAAAGCUAUGGGCGCUGCUAAGAUUUUGAUGACUGAUGUAGUGGAAUCUCGAUUAGAAACAGCUCGCCAAUUAGGUGUCGACUACACACUUAUGGUCAAAGGCCUAUCAGAUCAAGAAGUUAUUGACAAAAUAUUGGAAAUAAUGGGGACAAAUCCAAAUAUUAGUAUAGAUGCGUGUGGAUUCGCUUCAGCACAAAGAGUAGCUUUGAUGGUAACUCGAACGGGUGGAACGGUGCUCGUGGUCGGUAUUGGUGAGGAAAUGGUGCAAGUGCCUCUGUCGGGAGCGCUGCUGCGGGAAGUCAAUAUUAUCGGCGCGUAUCGACUUUUAAAUUCAUAUCCCUCAGCAUUAGCCGCUGUAUCCACCGGUAGAUUAGACCUCAAGUCGUUCAUCACACACCACUACCCAUUAAAUGAGGCCAAAGAAGCAUUCGAACUAGCAAAGAGUGGAGCCGCCAUGAAAAUCAUCAUACAUGUCGAUCAAAGUAUUGUUUAAAUAUUUAUAAAGAGAUUUAAUUAUAAUAAUCAUUGAAUAAAUAUUUAUU